AUGCCACCCUCAUCACGCGUCGAAAAGCCUCUGCCACCUCUGCCAGACAACAUCCCGCACCGCUCUUCGUCCCUCAAGGAGACAUCAAAGACGCGGAGAGGGGUGAUAGACGUCGAUGAGGAUCGUCCGAAGCUGAAGCAUCAGAACACGUUACCCAAAACGAAGCGUGAGCAGUGGGCAGGCCAGGUGCAACGGCCUACUUCUCCUCUUCGGUUCUUGUCAAAGCUAGGUCACUCACCGUCAGUGCCCAAGAACGUAUCGCCGACUACCGGCCGGGACGAAGACUGGGAUUGGGACAUGUACGACUCGAAUCCUCCGGACGGCUUCGAGUUCGACGGUGAAGCCCGCGAUGGACGUUUCGCUCAGUCACCAAAAAGCAAAACGUCCAUAGCGGACCACCCAGAAGAGUUCUCAAUGUACCCUAGGAUCCCCCACCCGUACAGUGCGCCUUCGUCUAUCCCAGCCUUCAGGAGAGAAACAGCCGAGGACGACAGGGCGUUGUACCUCACCGUCGCCCCAGACUGCGACGAGUCUGACGGAGGCGUCACCGUCGUCGUUCAAGACAGGAACCCGAUGAAGACGUGCCAUGAUAGCGUCCUCACCAUCGGGGGUGCCGUGCGGAUGCUCAGCCCCAGGGAGCAAGUCCGUAGCCGCGACGACCAAUUCUGAUGUGGUCCGCUGUGCAGGAGUCUCGCUCUCUGGUCGUGCAGGCUAGGCAUGUAUUUCUGCUCUCUUGAAGUCCGUAUUUAUGUGGUUUUCACGACUGCUACGUUCCCGCAUGUAACUUAUCGACGCCAUUGUACGAUUGUCUCUGAGCAGUCGCCCAUUGUAUCCCUAUUUAUGUCUAGCUAGGUUCUCAUGACACACUCCUUAUCUAUUGUAUUUAUCGGGCAGAAGCCACCUAGACACGUAGAAUUUCAG